UAUACCUGAAAUUAAAAAAAAUAAUAUAUUUCAUUUCACCUUGUUUAUAUUGUAAUUUUAAUACACAUUUAUGAUAGUAUUUGUAAAUAUGUACUUGAAAUCAGACUUCAUUUUAGCUUAUUACAGUAUGCAUGUAUUAUGCAUGCCCAAUCUCCAUAUUACAUCACUUAUUAAUCACAUUUCAGUGUUCAGGUUCAGGAAAAAAUGUCUUCCAAGUGGAAUUUAUCCAUUCAUCCAUUCAUCCAUUCCUCCAUUUAAUGAAAUAUAUCAAGUUAUGGUCUCUUCAGACUGGGGAAAUACUGAAAGGUGUUGCACAUGGGUUGGCAAUGUGAUAUGAUUUGUCUGGACUAUCCACAACUAGUUCUAACAUGGAUUCACAAGCAUACAGCUGUGAAUUGGAUCCAGAGACAAACACUAUACUACAAAUGUAUCUCUUCAAAAAUGUUCGUAAUGUAGAAACUAUAAGAAAUAACAUAGUGAAAGGUGUUUGGAACUGUGCUGUCAUAAAGCCAAGUUUGAUUCUGCAUCCGCUGCAAGUGUGCGUAGCUGCCAACAAGGCUGUGGUGUCACAAAAAUACAACACAAUGGUUACAAGGACUGUGUUUGCUGAAAUUCUGUUUAACUUGUCCUUAACAAAGAAUAUAUCACAGAGUCUCGGUAAGUUUGGAAUAGAAAAGGAUAGUAAUUUACUCGUUUGCUUUUUGGUUACACCUGAUAACAAUGAAUCUAAAGAAGUUAUUCAGCAGAUAGAGGGUGAGCUGUGCCCAAUUAGUGAACUAUCACAAUUUACCAAUGUGAAGGAUGUGAAGACUGUAUACAAACUAAACAAUGUGAAGGGUGACAUGGACUUACUAGAUAUUAUUGUGAGCAGAAUGGCCACUAAAAGCAUUGUCACACACUGAUUUUUGUUAAAUUGUUGACCAAGAAUCUAUACUUGUAUAAAGUAUUAUAAUUUAUUGUUGCAAUACCAUAUUUUACUUGUUUCUGCUAUUUUGUAUUGGAAAUAUUAUAAUAAAUAUAGGAUAGGGACUGUAAAUGUUUCUUUUUUAUUAAAAUUGUGAAAUGAUAAUUUAUACACCUAGACGUAACCCCGUUCAUGUGAUAUUAAUGCCAUGUUAAGGUGUCAAAUGUUAAUGUGUCAAGUAACAUUCUGGCUGUACAUAAAAACUUGUCAUUUGAUGAAGUGUGUAUUUGCAAUAAUCCAUUGUACUAAUUCUAGAAUAAUAAUAUACUGGUAUUCAAUAUGAAACAGUUUGAAUAAAUGUUAUUUUUUAAUUAUA